CAUUCUUGAACUUGAAUCCCAGUACAGUAUGAAUCGCACGUAUAAAAGAUGCUUUCACGUUGUAUACAUUUCUCUGCUAAAAUAAAACCAUGUAAAUUUCUGGUUUUUAUUCGUUGAUCUCUGAUAAUUAAUUGUUGUGGGAUUAUUUUGGAUUACCCGGACAUUCCGACCCUACAUGAUCCAAUUGUUAUUGGGGAUGCUGUUUGUUGAGCCCCAUCAAUCAUGUCAGAUAAGCGCAAACUGCUCGCGGAGGUCGAUCGCACCCUCAAGAAAAUCCAGGAGGGAAUGGAGAUAUUCGAUGAAAUAUGGGCAAAAGUGCAGGAGGCUCCAACCCAAAGCCACAAGGAGAAGUAUGAGCAGGAUCUCAAGAAGGAGAUAAAAAAGUUGCAAAGGUUGCGAGAUCAGGUUAAAACCUGGAUCGCUAGCAGCAAUGAAAUCAAAGAUAAAGAUCCCCUUUUAAAAGCCCGAAGAGACAUUGAAAUGAAAAUGGAAAAAUUUAAGGAUGUGGAAAGAGAGACAAAGACGAAAGUUUAUUCUAAAGUGGGACUGGCCCAAGCGGCCAAAAUGGAUGUGAACCAGAAGAGGAAACUGGAAGCCAGAGCGAUACUUUCUUCAUUCAUCGAAAAAAUGAACAUCGAUCUGGAACAAUUUGAAAGUGAAAUGGAAGACCUUGAAGCUGGUGCCAGGAAAAAGAAGCUGGAAAAAGAGGUAUGCAAGCUGGAAAAAGUGGAAUUCCUCAAGCAGAUCAUGGAAUCCCACCGGAAUCACAUCACUAAAAUGGAGAUCAUGCUAAGGAUGCUGGAUAAUGACAGCUUAGAUGCCGAGCAGGUGUGCGGCAUCGCGGACGAUAUAAAGUUUUAUUUGGACAAAGCGGAUGAAGGCCAGGUUGAGGAUGUGAACUAUGUGUAUGAAGGCAUUGAACUGGAGGAAACAGUGCCAGAGUCACCUCCAGGAAGUCCAGAGCCGAGCGUAACAUCGAAAGAUUCGGAUGAUACGAAAAAGAAACGGCCUUCUGAAGAUACGACGACGCCCCAGCCCGCUAAGCAAACCGCUAAAAUGUCCAUACCUAUAAGCUCUACUGUGACGCCAUCUAAACCGGUGGAUGUGAAAAACGCCGUUGGUAUAUCUCCACCACCGAAACUAAGUCAAUCACUUCCAAAUCCACCGGCACAACCACCUCUUUUACAGGCAUACGCUGCCGCAGCCGCCAAGGCGCUACCUCAACCAGCGGUGAAACCACCGCCGCAAAUAGCCUCUCCUGCGUUAGCCGAAGAGCCAGAGAGUAAGAAGACCGAACCGGAACGACCGGCUGCAGAUUCUCAGGCCUCAGCGGCCAGCGUCACAUCUCCGCAAGACGCUUCCUCACGGCGGGCUUCUAUCGAUCCACAAAUUCAGACGCCCGUUAAGCCGUCAACUCCCCUCCAGUUCCCACUCUCUGCCUCUCCUCGGCCUAUGGGCGCCAGCUACGCCUCCUCCAUCAGUGGCAGCAGCGCUCCUUCCACACCUCAGCCUUCCCCGAUGAAAGAUCCCUGGAAAGAUAUGAUCCGGCCUCCGGCGAAACCACCGUCAACCAACGGUGUCCCACCACCUGCCGCACCUACGAUGAAUUUUACCGUGCAACCGGUCCCGCCGCCAGUCGCUCCGCCGAGUAUUACACCCGUCAGUUUAACCCGUUCCGAUCCGUCCGCGGCUUUCAUGUCACCCAUGGAUACCAGCGUCGAGGAGAAGCUGGCGCCCUUUAGUCGCGGACAUUCACGGAAUCCAUCGGAGGACUUUGAUAAAACGGAUAUAUCCGCCGCGAUGCGAAGUUCAGGGCUGAUGGAGACGCCGACCGCGCUGCAUGUCCCGUUGAUCACCAAGGCGGAGUUGGAAUCGCGGAUUUCUCCUAUGAUGGCCAUGGCACCAUUAGGACCGGAGCGGGCGACCAGGGAUAUGCUGCUGCAGCAUAAUUGGCUGGAGCAGGCCUUCCACAAUCCCCCCAAACCCUGUGACUCGGAGCGGAGAAAGGCGUUCAUUCCAUGCGUACACUGCGCCAUUCCGCCGGGAUGGCCGCGCCAACCGCCGAUGCCGCUGGUGUGCGAUAUGAAAUUCUAUGGCAAUUUAAACAGUGAUGCCCUGUUUUUCAUCUUUUAUUAUCAGGAGGGAAGCUUAGCCCAAAUUCUUGCGGCUAAGACACUGAAAAGCAAAAACUGGAGAUUCCACAAGCAGCUGAAUGCGUGGUUUCAGAGAUUAGACGAACCGAAAGUAACAACCAGCGAAUACGAACGAGGAAACUACAAGUACUGGGAUUUGGAUAGCUGGUCGGAGAAGCAGAAGAAUGAUUUUACCUUUGAAUAUCGUUAUUUGGAAAACGUGGAUCUCAACAGAUGGCCCUACGUAUGAAACCCGCGUCACUCUUUUUUGAACGUAUCAGUGGUUGUUUUCUUUCAUACACACACGCGUUUUUGGUGGUAUUAAUUUUUAAGUGCUCCGGUUCAGCGCGGUAUAUUUAUUGCGGUGGGCCGAGAGCCGCGUCGUUAUUUUUUUCGUUUUGUUGGCUGUUGCUUUUAUUCUAUUUGCAGAUAACUGCAGGAUAUUGACUGUGCUUUCUGUCUGUGUUCGUAUCUGUAUUGUGCUUGGGCUUGCUGGUUUUAUGGCUGUAUAUACAGUAAUAUAUGUUGUGAUUAUUAUUCCCUGAAUGGUUUUAAAACUGGAUUGUUGCAUGCAGAAGUAUUCUUGAUAAAUGAAAAAAGGCAUUUGCCGUAAGUUCUUGGCUUAUGCUUCAUCAGCGUGAUCUUAUUAGAAUUCGCACAGCUUUAGUCAUGUGUAAUAAUGAUAUGCAAAGACGGAUACGCCGAGUAGCGUAAAGCGACGACCUUUAUUAUUCCAGUAACAUGAAUGGAUGUAUCGAGUAUCUGUAGUUACUGUCC